AUGGAUUCCAGUGCCACAUCACCGAAAUACGAACGCCGCCCAUUUUCGAUUAAACUAUGGCCCCCUAGUGACAACACAAGGCAGAUGCUUGUGGCCCGAGUAGCGGGAAAUCUGAGUUCACAGUCCAUUUUCGCUCAAAAGUAUGGGACCCUGGGCAAAGAGGAAGCGGAGGAGAAUGCAAAGAGGAUCGAAGCUGUUGCCUUCAAAGCUGCAAGCCAACAGUAUGAUAACGAACCAGAUGGUGACGGAGGUUCUGCUGUACAGCUUUAUGCUAAAGAAUGCAGUAAGCUUAUUUUGGAUGUCCUGAAGAGAGGCCCUGUGCCAAAGGAAGACAUGGAAGAUCUUCCGUCUGAGGAAGGAGACCAUGGCCCGAAGGACAGCGUGGAAAUCAUAACACCACCUCCCGAGACUUUCUUUGACAUUUCCAAGGGCUCCAGAUCUUUCAUAGAGGCAGAGGAGACCGAGGAAAUUCUGAAGCCAUUGAAGAAGCCUGGAAAUUCUUAUUCAAAGAUAUGCUUCAGCAACAGGAGCUUUAGUCUUGAAGCUGCUCGUGUUGCCGCACCGGUUCUGGAGUCCAUCAAGGACCAGUUAAAGGAAGUUGACUUGUCUGAUUUCAUUGCUGGAAGGUCAGAGGAUGAAGCUCUUGAGGUCAUGACCGUUUUCUCCACUGCGUUGGAGGGCAGCAUCCUUAGAUCCCUGAACCUCUCAGACAAUGCUUUGGGUGAAAAAGGUGUCAGGGCGUUUGAGGCACUUCUCAAGUCACAGAGUUGCCUCGAAGAGCUCUACUUGAUGAACAAUGGCAUUUCAGAGGAAGCUGCGCGAGCAGUUUGUGAACUGAUUCCAUCUACUGAGACACUUAAGGUCCUUCGUUUCCAUAACAACAUGACUGGUGAUGAAGGAGCACUUGCAAUUGCUCAGGUCUUGAAGCGCUGCCCUUUGCUUGAGGACUUCCAAUGCUCCUCCACAAGGGUAGGAGCAGAAGGUGGGGCAGCCUUGGCAGAAGCACUAGAGUCUUGCACUAAGCUCAAGACAUUAGACCUCAGAGAUAAUAUGUUCGGGACUGAAGCUGCAGUUGCUCUUGCCAAAGCAAUUCCCAAGUUUCCUUCCUUGAGCGAGAUAUAUCUGUGCUAUCUAAACUUGGAAGAUGAAGGUGCUACAAUUAUAGCAGAUGCACUCAAGGACUCAGCUCCAUCCCUCGAAGUCUUUGACAUGAUGGGAAACGAUAUAACAAUUGAAGCGGUUCCUAGUAUCGCUGCUUGCAUUGCAUCGAAGCAGAACCUGAAGAAGUUGAACUUGGAUGAGAACGAACUCAAGGAUGAAGGUGCUGUGCAGAUUGCAAAGGCCUUGGAAACGGGCCAUUCACAGUUGAAGCGAGUGGAUGUUAAUACCAAUGCUAUUGGUAGGGCAGGAGCUCGUGUAUUCGCUAAGGUUGUGCUUCAGAAGCCAGAGUUCGAGUUGCUGACUAUCAAUGGGAAUUUCAUAUCCGACGAAGGGAUUGAUGAGUUGAAGGAGGCCUUUGAAAAGUGUCCUGAAAAGCUUGGCCCGCUUGACGAGAAUGACCCUGAUGGAGUAGGUGAUGCCGAGGAAUCUGAUGAGGAGGAUGAUGGCGACGAUGAUCGUGAGUUGGACUCCAAGUUGAAGCAUCUCGAGGUCAAUGAAGAGGAUGAAUAA